AUGGUCGACAUGGAGAAGAGUACGGCGGAGGUGGAUCUGCAAGAGAGAAGUACUAAGAAGGUAAAGGAGGGAAUGGUUAGUAGGCUGGAAGAAGGUAUCUCGUUCCGGGAUAUCAUUGCUGGCAGGGGUAGAGAUGAGAUGGAUGAGGAUCAGGAACUUAUCCAAGGAGAUUUGGGUGUUCCAGAUGGAGACUUUGGGGAAAUCACAAUUGAAGAGGAGUUGAUAGGUGGAUAUGAAUGUCCGAAUUUCAUCUUUUCGGAGAAGGAGGAAAAGCGAAUCCAAAGGUCGUGGAAGAGAGGCGUCAUAGUUAAAUUACUGGGGAAAAGAAUAGGGUACAAAGCUUUGGAGAAUAGAUUGAAUCAGAUGUGGGUGAAGAAAGGAAUCAUUAGUAUCAUUGAUCUCAGCAAUGAUUACUAUCUUGUGGCCUUUUCAAAUGAGGAGGAUAAAAAGUCGGCGCUGAUGAAUGGGCCAUGGUUUAUCUAUGAUCAUUAUUUGACAGUGAAGGAGUGGAGACCAAACUUUCAACCGGAGACGGAUACUAUUAAUGAGGUGGCAGUGUGGGUUAGAAUUUCGGGGCUCCCAAUUGAAUAUUAUGAUGCUAGGGCUCUAUCCGCUUUUGGUGAUCGUAUAGGGAGCACAUUGAAAGUUGACAAGACAACUAUCAAGCAAGAAAGAGACAAAUACGCCCGAAUAUGUGUUACUGUAAACCUUUCCAAACCUCUUCUAGCCAUGUUGCGAAUUCAAGGUAGUAGCUAUAAGAUUGAGUAUGAAGGUUUGCACCUUCUCUGCUUAGUCUGUGGAAGGUAUGGCCACUAUAAGGAAAAUUGUCCUAUCACAGUUAAAGGAAAGCAGAUAGUGGGAGAAACAAGUAUAAGUGAUGGCAGAAAAAGUAGUGAGAUGGGGAGUGCUGAUAGGGGAACCUAUGGUGGCGGUAUUUUUCAGGAGGGCCCUUGGAAAAUAAUGCAAAAGCAACGACGGGGAAGGAAGGUAGGCGAUGGCCGGAAAAACAACACUCCGGGGAACAUUAAUGGAGGAAUUAAAGAAGGAGGAUCUCGUUUUCAUAUUUUGGGAAAUGAUACGCAACCGUUAAUUGGCGAGAAUCAUGACAAUAAUGACAGGUUCAUUUCUGAAUUGGGAAAAGUUGGAACGGAUACACAUGGAUCUAGUUUUCCUAAUAUAGUAGAGGCUAGUAAUGAGCAUACAGGUGGCAAACAUGCAAUAAAUAAGGAAGUAAAUGUGGGGAGAAAUAAAAAAGGAGAUAUUCUAUAA